GAAUUUUUUUACUAAAAAAAACUCGGAGCUAAUAUCGCAGCAAUUUCAACCCUUAUCUUUUUCUUGGAAAUAUGCGACUUUUGCGAUUUUGAUAUCCAAAAAAUUGCAAAAUCUCCGAGCCCAAUUAUCCCUUACCAUUUAAACUUUUAUUUUAUUUUAUUUUUAUUCUCUUUUUCUCAACCCAAUAAUUCAACCCAAAAUUUACACUUUUUUUUACAACGAUGGUGAAUGCUAAGCAUUUGUUCAGAAACAUUCUGCGGACCCACCGGAGACUUCCCCAGGAGAUGCGGUUUGUCGGCGACCAGUACGUGCGUGCUGAGUUUCGCAGUCACAGAGCAGUCACAGACAAACGGUUCCUCGAACCGUUCUUCACUCAGUGGACAUCAUACCUCGAUCUUCUCAAGGAGCAGACUCGGGAUCUCAGCAGCGAACGCAUGGAGGGAUCCUCCACGGGUAUUGGCAAGCACCUCGAUGCGGACUUGAUCGAGAGGCUCGAUGACGACAAGGCUGAGCAGCUGUUGGAGUUGCACCAGGCGUCAGUGACGUCCGAAGAGGAAGCGGCAAAGAACAGCGGCGAAGCUAAACAGGGCGGGGCUAAUGUUUCCAACAACGCCUCGGCGCCGCCAAAGCGAGCGUGAUGUAAAAAAACAUCGUUUUUGUUGCAAUGUCAUUUUUAUA